GAGGAAGGACAAACAGCUGGGCCUGGCCAAAGGGCUCCUUAGCUGGCCCUGCUGGACCACACCACAAGUCCCAUCUGCUUCCUGCCGGCACCUUCCUCCUGUCCCUGGAGAAGAUGCCCAUCCAGAUCUUUUGUUCUGUGUCAUUCUCCUCUGGAGAGGAGGCUCCAGGACCCAUGGGAGAUAUCUGGGAUCCUCACCACCACCGGCAGCAGCAGGACAGCUCAGAAGAGGAAGAGGAAGAGGAAGAGAAGGAAAACGAGGCACUAAAGAGGGAGCCUGAUGAGGGGGACUCACCUAGGGACUUGGUGGCCUUCGCCAACAGCUGUACCCUCCAUGGUGCCAGCCAUGUCUUUGUGGAAGGGGGCCCAGGGCCAAGGCAGGCCCUGUGGGCAGUGGCUUUUGUCAUAGCACUGGGUGCCUUUCUGUGCCAGGUAGGGGACCGAGUUGCUUAUUACCUCAGCUACCCGCACGUGACUUUGCUAGAUGAAGUGGCCACCACAGAGCUGGUCUUCCCGGCGGUCACACUCUGUAACACCAACGCUGUGCGGUUGUCCCAGCUCAGCUACCCUGACCUGCUCUACCUGGCCCCCAUGCUAGGGCUGGAUGAAAGCGAUGAUCCUGGGGUGCCCCUUGCUCCACCUGGGCCAGAGGCCUUCUCUGGGGAGCCCUUUAAUCUCCAUCGUUUCUACAAUCGCUCCUGCCACCGGCUGGAGGACAUGCUGCUCUAUUGUUCCUACUGUGGGGGUCCCUGUGGCCCCCAUAACUUCUCAGUGGUCUUCACACGGUAUGGGAAGUGUUACACAUUCAACUCAGGCCAAGAUGGGCGGCCACGGCUGAAGACCAUGAAAGGCGGGACUGGCAAUGGCCUGGAGAUCAUGCUGGAUAUCCAGCAAGAUGAAUAUCUGCCUGUGUGGGGAGAGACUGACGAGACAUCCUUCGAAGCAGGUAUCAAAGUGCAGAUCCAUAGCCAGGAUGAACCUCCUUUCAUCGACCAGCUGGGCUUUGGCGUGGCCCCAGGCUUUCAGACCUUUGUGUCUUGCCAGGAGCAGAGGCAGCUCAUCUACCUGCCCUCACCCUGGGGCACCUGCAAUGCUGUUACCAUGGACUCGGACUUCUUCGACUCCUACAGCAUCACCGCCUGCCGCAUUGAUUGUGAGACACGCUACCUGGUGGAAAAUUGCAACUGCCGUAUGGUACACAUGCCAGGGGAUGCCCCAUACUGCACUCCAGAGCAGUACAAGGAGUGUGCAGAUCCUGCCCUGGACUUCCUAGUGGAGAAAGACCAGGAAUACUGCGUGUGUGAAAUGCCCUGCAACCUGACACGUUAUGGCAAGGAGCUGUCCAUGGUCAAGAUCCCCAGCAAAGCCUCAGCCAAGUACCUGGCCAAGAAGUUCAACAAAUCUGAGCAGUACAUAGGGGAGAACAUCCUGGUGCUGGACAUUUUCUUUGAAGUCCUCAACUAUGAGACCAUCGAGCAGAAAAAGGCCUAUGAGAUCGCAGGGCUCUUGGGUGACAUCGGGGGCCAGAUGGGGUUGUUCAUCGGGGCCAGCAUCCUCACAGUGCUUGAACUCUUUGACUAUGCCUAUGAGGUCAUUAAGCACCGAUUGUGUAGACGAGGGAAAUGCCAGAAGGAGGCCAAGAGGAGCAGUGCAGAUAAGGGCGUAGCACUCAGCCUGGAUGACGUCAAAAGACACGUGAGGGAGCAAGAAUCCCUGCGAGAGCCUCCGGGGCCAUCCUGCCGGGAUGACAUACGCUGCCAACAUCCUACCUCACCAUCCCGCUCGAGGCACAUUUGAGGACUUUACCUGCUAAGCCCCCGCAGGCCAAUGUACCAAAGGCCUAGGUGGGGAGGGCUAGGAGAACAAGGGGCCCCCAACUGCCCCCGUCAGCCCCGAGGACUCGACUGCUCUCUUGUGCAGUGGUUCCCUCUUGCCUGGUGAGAAAGGAGACUUCACCAUGGUCCUCUCCCUGCCUCUGCCCCAUCUUUUUAUUUUAACAAAAUUAAACUAAUAUAAAAAGAGAGAAAGAGAGAGAUCCAGCCAGGACCUCAGGCUGCCCCUCUCUGCUCCAUGCUGCCUCCCCUAGCUCCAAGCCUGAAUUCUGUCUGUCUGGCUGUCUGUCAUCUGAGUGUCCACCUACAUUCUGCUGCCACCAGUCACCAAAGCCCCCUCCUAGUGAGGGGUGGAGGGGAUCUCUAGGGUCUGAAAUUUGACCCCAAACCAGAGAAUGUACCAUAAGGGAGAGGGCUCGUGAGGGGGCUUCCCUAGCCUUAAGAGACUCUCUCAGCCCAUGACUCCCCACAAGCCCAAGUCUCCAGGUAAGAACUAAAUGCCCUCAAUCACACGGAAUCACUAGGGGGUAGAGGAUCUUGUGAAGAACUAGACACAGAACUCCAUGUGGCCCUGGUGCUGUCGGCCACAUCCCAAUAUCUGUUAGUCACCUCCACCCCAAAGCUGCUGGAGAAAAGUCCUAAGAGGCAGCCUUCCUCUCUAUCCCUUAUGAUACCUGGCUGGCAAUUAGCUUCCAGCUCGGGGAGAGGGUACCGGGGCCUGACCUCCCUGGCUUCUCUCUCAGGGGCCUUUGCAGAGGGCCACAUCCAUAAAUUUUCUUAUGGACCGCUCCUCUUCCCCGCCUUCAUUUGCUUCUCUUGACAACCUCAUCUGCAUUUUCUAUUUCUAUAUGAUACAGACUCUAUAUUGCUAUAUCUCUGUAUAUACUUCCCUCCAACCCUGUUUGUCUCCAGCGCUCCUUCUCGUCUCUGAGAAUCAUCCUCCCCACCCAAGUGUUCCCUUUUGUUUCUACCCAUUCCCUGUCUCUGAAUGCCUUUGCCUGUAUAAAGAGUUGGACUCCC